UGAUAAAUUAUCAUAAAACACUACAUAUAUUUAUUUAGAUAUUUACAAAAAAAAAUCUAACUUGAACAAGAAAUAAUACGAGUUAAAGAAUAUUAUGAGUAAAGACUCAGCCAUGGAUUCGUUAUCAACAACGAGUGAUCAUAGUGUCGCAUCAUCAAACGAUUCAGUUCAUAAUUUAAGAAAUCAUUCACCACGACAUCAUAACGAUUCUGGCCACCACGGUUCAAGUGGAUCUCGUCAUAACUCACACGAUAAAACUCGAACACCAACGCCUUGUUCACCGCAGCCACCAACAAGAGAUUCAAGAAUAUUACGUGACACUCCACACAGUCCAUUAGCACUAACGAGUGUUGGUCCACAAAUGUUACCAAUGCCCCAUCCAUUAACUCCACCGCAAGUGUCAACGCCUAAUAGUUUGAUUGGAAUGCAAACUCGAAUGGCUCAAAGCUUCUCUCAUCUUCCACCUCAUGGUUUGGGACUUCUGAAUUCAUUCAUGCACCAUGCUAGUCCUUUGGAUCUAAUGGCAGCUGCACAUCAUCAUGUUCCACCGCGAUCAUAUAACAGUCCGCCUCCUAUUAGCAGUUCCGAUCCAACAGCCAACGAAUGCAAACUUGUUGAUUAUCGUGGCCAAAAAGUAGCAGCUUUUAUGAUUCAAGGCGAAACUAUGCUUUGUCUGCCGCAAGCGUUUGAGUUGUUCCUGAAACAUCUUGUUGGUGGACUGCAUACAGUAUAUACGAAAUUGAAAAGAUUAGAUAUUGUACCUUUGGUGUGUAAUGUCGAACAAGUAAGAAUAUUACGAGGCCUCGGUGCAAUUCAACCCGGUGUUAAUAGGUGUAAACUAUUGGCAUGUAAGGAUUUUGACGUACUUUAUCGAGACUGCACAACAGCCAGAUGUUUAUCAAUUAAGCCACCCGAGAGUUCCAGACCUGGACGACCACCUAAGCGGGGACCAGUAGGCCUAUCACUUCCAGCCUCUCAUAUUGCAAACCACCAUCCUCAUAUAAAAAAACACCGUCUCGAUAACGAUUAUCCUUAUGAAAACGGACACAUAACUGAUAUUUCCCGCUUGGAUAAAUCUCCAUUAUUGGCUAACGGCUACAAUGCCCCGCCAACACAUCUCAAUCAUAUUCCAUUUAUGCAAAUGGGACAUCACAGUGCAUCAAUGAUGAACCCUGGAAUACCUCCACACAUUCGGCCCGAAAACGCAAUAAUGAAAAGUCAUCAAAAUUUGUCAGGAAUGGAAGCAAUAACAAGAUCGGGAAUUUGGGAAAAUUGUCGAGCAGCUUACGAAGAUAUUGUGAAGCAUUUAGAAAGAUUACGAGAUGAAAGGGGUGACGAAGAACGAAAUAGUGAUGUUGACGGCAAAGUUCGAAGUCAAUCACCAAGAGCUUCAUCCAACGGCCACAGCCCAGUACUGAAUUUAUCCAAAUCUGGAAAUGGUCGAAAUAGUACCGGUGCAUCAAGUGACAGAAGUGAUUUGAAUUCACCUAAUAUUUCAAUAAGAGAAGAAGAAGAUAACAUCAGUGAAGGAAAUGUUUCAGAAGUCGAUGAGACAAACGACAAAGAAGACGAUGACCUUAGUGAUACGGAACAUCCUAAUACAACGCCACCUCCGGUUACAAAUUCUGAAUUAGAUUCACGACAGCAAGCAUUAAACUACUCAACGUUAACAGCAGCAACAGCAGCUAAUGUUCCCAAUGGUGAACCAGAUUCGAGCUUAUCAUCGACCGAAACACUUCUUAGAAAUAUUCAAGGUUUACUAAAAGUUGCUGCAGAUAAUGCAAGACAACAGGAGCGUCAGAUAAACUUUGAAAAAGCUGAGCUAAAGAUGGAUGUGCUUCGCGAGAGAGAAGUGAAGGAUUCUUUAGAACGACAAUUCACCGAGGAACAGAAACUAAGAAUUUUAUACCAGAAACGUUACAAACGAGAGCGACGACUUCGAACAAAAUUGCAGCAACAAAUGGAAAAUGAGUUUAAAAAACGAACUCAAAUCGAAGAGAUUCUUAAAGCAUCGGGUGCUCCCGCUGAAGCACUACGAAUUCUUACAGAAAACAAUAACACGACCACCAGUAACAACAACCAUUCUUCAUCUAAUGAACAUGAGUCUGCUCACAAAGGUCGAGAUAAUGAACGCGAUAUCGAAAAAGAUUGUAGUCGCGUCAAUAAAGAACGUGAAAAAAUUGUAUCUAGUGAUCGAAAAGCUAACAGCACAAGCCCUAAGCGUCCAACAAGCCGUGAAUUUCCCGCAGAACUAGAGAAAAAUUGGAAUUACCCUCCAGGGUUAGACAAUAUCAUGGCAACAGGAGCAUUCUGGCAAAACUACUCAGAAUCUAUUGCAAAAGAAAUGGAACUUGAACGGAAGAAUCGGCAAACGACUGAGAAUGACGUGAAAGGUCCACUUCAAGAGCGGCCGAACUACUAUAAAAACUCAAUGUUGUAUACCAGUGCUACGUAAAUGUGAUCUAAAUUAGAAUUUUCCAAAGAAUUCUUUUUCCUUGUGUAACAUUUUAUAAAAAGAGGAUCCAACUUAUCGAGGAACAUUCAUCUCAACAAUUUCCAUUAUUCUGACGAAAAAAGUAUCAAUUGACACAUUUAAUUUACACCUGUCUUCAUUAUAUAGAAAAAUAGAAUAAAAUACUUUGAGCU